AUGACCGCUGAGGUCCGCCGCUCCAAUGGCACGCGCCUUGAUGCGUCCCUCGGUAUCACUGAGCGCAUCGCACCGAGCAUGACAGCUUGGACUGGAGAUAUGCGCAAGAGAUAUACCGACUUUCAAGUCUACGAGAUCAACAAAGAUGGCUCCGUGCUUCAUCUCAAAGAGACUCGUCUCCCCCCGCCCCCUAAGGAGCCCGCCCCUCCUGCCCCUCCUGUAGUCGAGGAGAAGAAGGAAAAGGAACAAGUCAAGACGGAAGACGUGGCACAAACCGAAGAUGAUGCCACCGCCGCCGCCGCCGCCGAGAAGCCUGCCGUGCCCGAGAUCCCAGCCGAAGAUUGGGCCGUAAUCGCCUCCCUCACAAACGAAGAUUUCGCGAACCAACUGCUGGCCAUGUACCAGGCAGUAUCCGUCGACAAGAACGCCAAGACCGAGCCUGCGACCUCCCCCGUUACAGACGACAAGGACAAGCGCUCUCAACUCCACCAGAGCGUCCGCCGCAUCUUCAACUCGACAAUCGAUACGACUACCGACCCGACGGGCGCCAUCGUUGCCCGGGUCGUCCCCCCUCGCGGCAAAGGGAAGGGCAUGCGUGGCGGUCGCGAAAACAACAACAACAACAACAACAAACAGAAGAAGCCCAAGGCGCACGCCCCCGGUCAAGGAGAGUACCUCCACUUCACGCUGUACAAGGAGAACCGCGACACCAUGGACGCUCUGCACCAGAUCUCUAAGGCCCUGCGCAUCAAGCCCCAGGCCAUUGGCACCGCGGGUACCAAGGACCGCCGGGCAGCCACCACCCAGCGGUGCUCCAUCCGCGGCCAGCGCGCCGACGCUCUCGUCCGCGCGCGCCUGAACGGCGUCACUGUCGGCGACUACCUCUACGCGCCGACCCCGAUCCACCUCGGCGCCCACGCCGGCAACGAGUUCGUCAUCGCUCUCAAGGACUGCCUCGUCGCCGGCGCCCCCGACUUGUCCCCCGCGGACCGCCACGCCCGGAUCCACGCCUCGGUCGAGGCCGCCAUGGCGAGCAUGCACAGCCUCGGCUGGAUCAACUACUUUGGCCACCAGCGCUUCGGCACGCAUGCCGUCGGAACGCACGAGGUCGGCCGCCUGAUCCUGCAGGAGGACUUUGAGGGCGCCGUCAAUGCUAUCCUCGCCUACGACGAGGUCAUCGCUAAGCGCGCCGCUGGGGGCGAGGUCCCCGAGCAGGCGCACGCGCGAGACGACUUCAGCCGCCACCGCGCGUGCAUGCUCUUCCGGGAGGGCGGGUCCGCGGACGACGCCCUCCAGUAUCUACCGCGUCGCUUCUCCGCCGAGUCGAGCCUUAUCCGCCACCUCGGCAGGUCGAGCGGUCCCUCCCGCCGGGACUUCAUCGGGGCCUUGACGAGCAUCACCCGCGGCCUGCGCAGCAUGUACCUGCAUGCCUACCAGUCCUACGUCUGGAAUCACGCCGCGAGCCACCGCUGGCGGCUGUACGGCGAGAAGGUCGUCGAGGGCGACCUCGUCCUUGUCGACGAGCCAAAGCCGAAGACGGACAACGCCGAGGCGGGUCACGAUGACAACGACGACGCCGAGUUCACCGACGCCCGCCCCCUGACCGCCGAGGAGGCUGCCUCGGGCAAGUACACGAUCCACGACGUCGUCCUCCCCUCGCCCGGCCACGCCGUCGUCUACCCUGCCAACGCCGUCGGCGAGUUCUACGCGGCCUUCAUGCGUGACAACGGCGGCCUCGACCCGGCCAAUAUGAUCCGCCGCCACCGCGAGUUCAGCCUCCGCGGCGACUACCGCAAGUUCGUUGUGCGCUUCCUCGCCGAGCCCGGGUUCGAGGUCCGCGCGUAUGAGGACGACAACGAGCAGAUGCACCCCACCGACAUGGACCGUAUCCGCGCCGCGAAGAGCGGCGGCGCGGGGCGGAAGCGUGGGCGCGAGGAGGGUGAGGCGGCGGACGGCGAGGGCAAGAAGGCCAAGACCGAGGCGGCGCCGGUGACGGAGACGGAGGGGGCCAACGGCGACGAGGUGAUGGAGGAGGAGCUGCCGGCCGCGGAGGAGACGAAGCCCAAGGAGGCAGCAGCGGAGGCGGAGAAAGGGGCUGCGGCUGCCGACUCGAAACCGGCCGCUGGGCUUACCAAGACGGCCGUCGUGGUGAGGUUCCAGCUCCCCAAGAGCGCCUACGCGACCGUCGCGCUGCGGGAGUUGAUGGGCGUCGACGAGUCCGAGGUCGCCGCUGGAUCCGCUGCCACCGAGGGUGCCGAAGCCACGAAGCCUUCCGAUGCCGAACCGGUGGCAGCGGAGGCAUGA